ACCUUACAAAAAAACUACUUCAAAUAUUGUCCUCAUAACGACGAUAGGGUUUCUAGUUCAUAAUCUAAUUGGCAAGUAAAACCUUAACCACCUAUCAAAAACUUCAUAAUUGUUUUUAGCAAAUUUUCUGCUGAAUCAUGGGCAUCUUAGCAUGUUUCCUUCUUAUCUUAAUCCCUUAUGCAGCUUCCAUUUCUUUCAAUUUAACAAACAUCAGUCCAAAUGACAAGGGCAUGUUUAUAUUAGAAGGUGGAGCUUAUAUCUCUGAAGAUGCAAUUCAGGUGACCCCAGAAAAUAAAAGUGGCACGGUCAUUGGGCGGGUGACAUACACGAAAAAGCUUCAUCUUUGGGACAAGAGCUCUCGUGGGCUAGCCAGCUUCUCUACCAAUUUCUCAUUUGUAAAGUUAUCCGACCCAAAGAAAAUUAAUCGUCAAGACGAUGGCUUCAUAUUCUUCCUUGCUCAGAAUAGUUCUGCGAUACAUGGUGCCACGGAUCCUAAGUCAGAUACUGAAGCGGAUGGUAGUGCCGAUCAGUUUGUUUGGGUGGAGUUUGAUCCUUAUUGCAACACUUGGGAAGGUAAUAUUAGAUCAUGUGAUCAUGUAGGUAUCAAUGUUCAUUCGCAUUCAUCUAUUAAGCAAGCAGAAUGGUUUAAUGACGUGUCGAAUAAAAGAGAGUGUCAAGUUUCGGUUAACUAUGAUUCAACAUCCAGAAAUCUUAGUGUUUCCUUCACUAGUUUUCGGAACAAUACAGUCGAACUAGGUGGAGUUUCUCACACGGUUGAUCUUCGGGAUGAGUUGCCUGAAUGGGUUGUUUUCGGGUUUUCAGCUGCAGCUGGUGAGUUGUCUGAUAAAAAUACUGUAAAAUCUUGGAUGUUUAAUAGUUCUGAUUUACAAUUUGAUGAGAACAAUGGGUUAUCAUCACACAAGCUGGGAUUGGUUGUCGGAUUAGUUGUUGGAAAAUCGGUUCUAGUCACGCUACUUGUUAUACUUGCAUACCUUCUAUGGAAUAAGAAGGAAAACAAUAGCGAUAAUGUGCAGGAACUUGAAAUUUCGGUGGAGAUGAAUGAUGAAUUUGAAAUGGGUGCCACUGGGCCUAGAAAAUUCACUUAUCUUGAAUUAGCUAGGGCAACUGCGGGCUUUUCAGAGAAAGAGAAGCUUGGAGAGGGAAGUUUUGGAGGAGUCUACAAAGGGUUUUUGAAAGAUUUGAGAGCAUAUGUAGCUGUCAAAAGGGUAUCAAAGACUUCUCAACAAGGGAUCAAGGAGUAUGCAUCUGAAGUUAGGAUCAUCAGUCGGUUGAGGCACCGGAAUCUGGUGCAACUCACUGGUUGGUGCCACGAGAAAGGUGAACUCCUGCUUGUUUACGAAUAUAUGGAGAACGGAAGUUUAGAUUCACAUCUUUUCAAGGCGAAGAGCUUGUUGACAUGGGCGAUAAGGUACCAAAUUGCUAUUGGUUUGGCUUCUGCUUUACUAUAUCUACAUGAAGAAUGGGAGCAAUGUGUUUUGCAUAGAGAUAUAAAAUCGAGUAAUGUGAUGUUAGACUCAAAUUAUAAUGCGAAGCUUGGUGAUUUUGGGUUAGCCAAGUUUGUUGACCAUGAGAAAGGUUCUCAAACGACGAGUUUGGCCGGUACCUUGGGGUAUAUGGCUCCUGAAUGUGUCACCACAGGCAAGACAAGUAAAGAAUCAGAUGUAUUUAGCUUCGGGGUUGUUGCAUUAGAAAUAGUAUGUGGGAGAAAGUCCAUUAACUGCAAGGCACAAGAAAACCAGAUAUGGUUACCCGAAUGGGUUUGGGAGCUCUAUGGGACACAAACACUUUUGGAAGCAGUCGAUCCACGUCUAAGGUUAGAAUUUGAUGAGGAUGAAGUCAAGCGUUUGAUGAUCGUUGGAUUAUGGUGUGUACAUCCCGACUCACAACUCCGCCCAUCGAUGAGACAAGUGAUUCAAGUACUGAAUUCCAAAGCAUCCAUGCCUAUACUCCCCUCAAAGAUGCCUAUUGCAUCUUACUUCACAACAGAAACACCAUCGUUAUUUGAUUGCUCUAAUGUGAAUUUGUCAGCAUCUUCGUCUUAUCUACAUGGUCGUUAAAUACCAUUAUUCGCAACAUUUUACUGAUUAUAACUAGGGCUUUUUCUUAUUAUCUCUAUGCAAAACAUAUUAACAUCUGUUACUGCUUAUGGGAUUACCAAAAUGUAGCAAUUUUCUGAAUGUAUAUAUCUACACAUUAGCAUAUGAUGUUACUG